AAUCGAGUGACCGAGAGAUUUAAAUUUUCAAAACAUUUUCCCUCACCCUGGUUUCUCAGCUGCAUCACCGCACCUGGCAAAUUUGUCGUACUCAAGUUGAAUUUUUGAAUCGCUUAGCUGCUUUUCCAAGUCUCCGCAUAAGAGGACAAUGGCAAGUUUGGAAGAAAACCUGAAGACCGUGGUUCGAAUUUUCAGAAGAGAAUGUCACCGAAUUCUCGAGUCAGAGAGGACUACCAUCCAUGGCGCAGACGGAAUGCUCACAAUCCUACAGCUAGUGAUGGCCGAAUUAAACAAAGAGGAGACUGGAGAGUUUGCAGUAGCUCUGAGUGAUGUCAUCAGUGCCUGGAAACACUUAUUGCGGGAUAAAUCCCGACUGCCUCACGACGGGUCCCCUCGUCUACCGAAGUAUGACGUCAUCCGGAAAGAGUACGACUCCUUCCUGAAGCAAACCAACGCAGUCGACCUGAUAGAUGUCCAUGGAAUGUAUGAGCGUCUUAGGGGAGAUCAAGACCCAAAGAGCCCACUGUCCUCGCUGCAGCUGCUGCACUUCCUCUCCGGUGACGGGGAGACUACGGACGAGAAGGAAUCCGUCCCUCCUUGUCCGACUACUCCCUCCAGCAGGCCAAGCCAGGGCAGCUCACAGGGACUGAAGAGGCUCUUCUGUUCAUACUUGGGCCUGCUGGUAAACACCAAGAAUGACCUGGCGCUGGCACACACGCUGGACGUGCCCGGCAGAGGGCUCGGACGUGUGGCUUUCACAGACCUGAAGCAUGCUGCUCGCUCCAACAGCACCUCUCUCUUCCUGGCGGCGACAUCGUUUGUGAGGGCGAUCCAGCUAGGGGGGAGGGGGUACGCCCCCGCUGACUCUGACCCCCUGCGGAAGCACAUUAAGGGCCUCUCGGACUUUGUGCAUUUCACCGAUCGCCUGGAAGAGCUGCUUGGAGAGAUACCUGACCCCAGCGAGGCGGGGGCCAGGAUCGUGGGCAGCAUCAGGGCCGCUCUGCUGAAGGGCCGCAGCAGCGGGGACCCUGCUGGCGGGGCCGUGGAGGAGGUGGCCCGCGAUCUGAGGCACCACAUUAACCGCAUCCACACCGCUGAGAGGGAGGAGGCCUGCGGCACGGGGAUCAGCCCAGCACGGCCCAGGGCGUACGCCAUUAACCACGCCACGGCGUACGGAGGGCGGGAGGCUGUGAAGCUGUUCGUGGCCCUGCUGGAUGAGGAGGCUUUGGCUCCGCCGUGCAGGAACAAGGCCGCACUGCUGUCUGGAGACCUUGAUCCCUUCGACGGGGCAGGAGAGACCAGCAUCCUCAUGCUCUUCCGGUCUCCUGAGGCUCCCACUGGCUCCUCUCCCAAACCCCUGCAGCUCCGCAUCCAGGACCAGCUGGACCAAGCCAAACCCACGGUGAAACGGAAGGCCAUCAGGUCUCAGUUUGCGUGCACGUACCGGGAGGAGGACCCACCACUGAUCCGGGUGCUGGAGUUCCCCAGUGCCAGCCAGGCCCCGACCUGCGUGCACCCCGCUCCCAAACGCUCCACCGAGGAGGUGUCGCUGCAGACCGGGGAGAGUACUGUGGAGCCAGAGGGUAUGGAGAGGAAAGUCCAGAGGCCUGCAUUGGGGCUGCGCUGUGCCAACCCUCGGGGGGCCCAGGACCGCGCGUCCGGUAAGGGAAGAAGCGCAGGUGGUCAGGCAGGAAGCAAGGCCUGCAAGAGAAAGGAAGUGGACAGGAGCGGCGAUGCGGAGAAUUGUCCGCCUCCGAAGAGAGGCCCCACGGCGAAGGCCCAAAAAAACUCGGACCUGCCCUCCAGGGCGACGGCGAGGAGCUCAAACGUGGCCAAGAAGAAGAAGCUGGUCGCUGGCCAGACCACACUGACCGGCUUCUUCAGGUUGUAGGGGCGCACAGGGGAGCCUGACGGCCUCUGUGUGUGUCUGGUGUCCCAUCACUCUGCUUUACGCCAUAAUGAUGACUUAUUAGGACUGAGCUAGUUGACGUGGUUUGUAAUUCAAGCCCUGCACUCCAUAACCCAGUCACAGUUGUUCUUUGUGUGUCUGGGAGUGGGGCUGGGAACCGAGAAUGGUGUUACAGGCUGGGUUCCCGCUCUCUUGGACGUGAUGGAGAUUCUGCUCCCCCUCUCGUGUAAGUGGUGUGGUCGUCUUCCUGAACAUUUAAUAGUUGAGGUUUUUAAUUGAGACAUUGCAUGCUGAGGCAGUAGAGUCUUCAACCGUUCUCCAUUAGUAUGGAAAAUGGGGAGUUGUGUGUGUGUGUGUGUGGGGGGGGGGAAUGCUGCGCUAGAGGAUUGUGUUUGAGCUCAGAAAUAUGGGCUGAAGUUUUAUUAUUUUUUAAUUUAUUUAUUUUGUUUAAUCAUGGAUGUAUGGAUAAGCUUGCUGUAUUUACAGCAACAAUUUCAACCCCUUGUUCAGGCUUGCACGACAUGAAGGUUCAUGUGUAUGAUAUUUUUAUAGCCUUGUAUGAAUCAAUGUACAACUUUUGUUUGCACCUUUCCAAAUAAUUUUUAUUAAACUUUUAAACUUUCA